CACUUUUGCUCGCGGUCAUAUGACGUCACGUACGUCAGUACGUCGUGAACUCCAUGAAGGGUAGUUAUGGCAUCUUCGGGGUAUUUUGGUGAUGGUCCUCCAAUGCGCGAGCGUGACCCGUACUUCACUGAGGUCAUCAGCCAGAGGAUGCGCGUGCCCGAGCGGCUGAGGGUCGGUCCAGCGACCCACGCGCACCAACCUGCAGACCUGAGACCUGAAGAGCUACCUGCUGCCUACAGCAUGCACAUACCAGACAGAUUGGCCUUAACAGAUGCUCCUGAUCUGAGUCCACGACCUCUCUUCACGAAACACCCUUCAUCAAUGUGGGACCUUCAGCAUGGGUCCUGGGACAAGGAGGCGUUCAUGAGAGAGUCUGUCCAGAGUCCACUACGAAGGUCUUACAGUGAUCAGGGCUUUGGUCGAACCCCACCUGGAACCCCCACACACUCCAGACAAACACUCCGCUCCCAGUCUCCCCGCAGUAUUGGACGUCCACCUGUCGUGCAUACAGACCCGCCCCCACCACAGCCCCCGGGGCGCCCCUCCAUCCCACCCAACCUGCUGUCCCCACAGAGCAUGCUGCAGGCCGCCAAGGAGCUGGGCCAGCAGGCGUCUCAGAAACUCCUCCAGACCGUCACCAAAAAAUACUCCUCCAGGUACGGUUACCCAGAAAACCGUCCUUCUCAGCCUGUGGAGGUUCAGCCUGAUCAAAGCAGGACAAGUGCAUCGCAGGAGUUCUGGCUCAGUCCUGAAGAGGACACGGGUACUGCUGUCGAGUUCAUGGUGCUCCGCAGACAGGUAGUGAAGAUGAGCAGGAGGAUAGCAGGGCUGGAGAGGCAGAACGCAGAGCACAAACAGACAGAACUGGUGCUGUUCUCUCUCUUACUGUCUGCCUGUCUGAUCAACGGCUGGCUGUGGCUGCGCAGAUGACCGCUUGCACUCCACAACACUACACUACACAGACAGCACUACAAGAGCAGCAGAGCCGUUUACUGGGAAGUACAAAAUUCCACAUAUUUGUUAUAGUGAUUACUAAAUUUCUUCUCACCAAAACUAUGGUAAAUGGAUGGUUUAGAAACCACUCCGAUAGAGGACUGUCAUCAAAAUGAGGCGUAAAUGUGAACCAUCCACUCGUAUGUGUCAUGUGAUCAUGGCAGUGACUUGGGGCACUUUGCGUUACAAGUGAUUUGAGGAACUUGAGCAUGUUUUUCUCAUUGUGAAAGGUAUGCAGUGACUAUUUUUGUAUUUGAUUUAUUCUGCAAAUUAAGUAAAUGCAAAAAAAGAGAUGUUCUGCAUGCUUUGAUGCAAGUAUUUAUGAAAGUAUAAAUAUGAAUGUUUAUAUUUACAUUUCCUAUUUUCUUCCAGUUUGAAUAACCUUCAAUGUUAACUCAUUUGCCCGGCCUGAUAUAUGAUGAAUAUUUAAAAUAAUAAAAAAAUUGUAAUUAAC